AUGGCGGUGGAGACCUUGCGGCUGAGGAAGGAUGGCUUCGCUGCCGGGGGAAAGGAGCAGCCGCCGCCGCCGCCGCCGCCGGCGGCGGCGGGGGUGGCGGGAGGGCAGGGAAAGGAGGCGCACUUCCGGGGGGUGAGGAAGCGGCCGUGGGGGAGGUUCGCGGCGGAGAUCAGGGACCCGUGGAAGAAGACGAGGAAAUGGCUGGGGACCUUCGACACGGCAGAGGAAGCGGCCCGAGCCUACGACGAGGCCGCCCGCAACCUCCGCGGCCCCAAGGCCAAGACCAACUUCGGGUACUCCGCCGAGAUCUCGUCUUCCGCCCUCGUCACCGUCGCUUCCGCCGCGCCGGCGGGGGCCUGGGGCCUGCAGCAGUGGCGAUCGGCCUACCCGGGGCCGCCGGACGGCCGGGAUCUAUUCCUGGGGCCUCCGGCGGCGGGUGGAUCGGACUUCCCCGCGUACCGGUUCGAGGCGGUGGAGUUGGUGGUAAGGGGCGAGCAGGAGAAGAAGAUGAUGGCGGCGAUGGCCAGAAAGGAGGAAGAGACCAAGAAGAAGCCCUUAGGCUUCGACCUCAACCUUCCCGCCCCUCUCUUCUGA